AUGGCAAAGUCCAGCCACAGCAAGAUAGCCUGUGCUACGCCUCACAAUGACACCCAGCGCAAGGUUACAAAACCUUCGACAGAUGGCAAGGCGGCCUCGAAACCAGCAAGCAAUCGGCAAAUGAAGGGCUGGGGACCCUUGAAUCAUUCUCCUGACCAGUCUAAAAAGAUCAAUGGCGACCCCAAAGACCCCAAAAACAUCAUCCAUGGCAAAAGAACGAGGAAAGGCUCUCGUGUGAACGAGUCACAGCUGGGCAAUAUUCCACUUCGCAGCCCAAUAAACGACGACGUGAUCGAAAUAUCAACUCAGAGAGUAAACGCCCAGGCAGCGUCUCCCACGGCAUCACGCAAACACAAAGACAGAGCAUCAGCAAGAUCCAUCGAGGAGCCGGUGCCCGACACGGACAGCGAUAACGGGCCACUGGCGCGUACCGAAGAGUACAAUACAGAAGACAAGGUCUCAGCUGCAAAACUCCACAGUAGCAUUCUGGCCCUCCUCAACCAUUCUUUUCAGGUCACCGACGAUGUGUUGGCAUAUAUGCAACAUGUUUUAGGUCAUGAGGCACACGCACAGGAGCUACAACGCGACGUGGAUGAGGUAUUGACUGAGCGGGGGAAGAAGAGGAAGAGCAGUAAGAAUGUCAGGUUUGCGGCCUGA